GCAGCAUGGAGGACGGGUUUCCUGGAAGAUGCUGAACGACCGGGAGCUGCUGCUUUCCCAGAUCCGUCCCCCCUGUGAAGAUGAGACCAUGGUCCCGGUUCUGACCCACAGGAAAGCCAGCGAGCUCCCCGUCAACGAGGUGGUGUGUGUGCUGCAGGCCGACCCGCUCCGGGGCCUGACCCAGGAGGAAGUUUCCCGGAGGAGGAACUACCACGGCUGGAACGAGUUCGACAUCGGAGAAGAAGAACCGCUAUGGAGGAAGUACCUGUCCCAGUUCAAGGAUCCUCUCAUCCUGCUCCUUCUGGCCUCCGCCGUCAUCUCCAUCCUCAUGCACCAGUUCGACGACGCCAUCAGCAUCACCGUGGCGAUCAUCAUCGUGGUGACGGUCGCCUUCGUGCAGGAGUACCGCUCAGAGAAGUCCCUGGAGGAACUGGGGAAGCUGAUGCCUCCAGAAUGUCACUGCAUCAGGGAUGGGAACCUGCAGCACCUGCUGGCCAGAGAGCUGGUUCCUGGAGACACCGUGUGUCUGUCGGUGGGGGAGAGAGUUCCUGCAGACCUGCGGCUCUUCGAGGCCACGGACCUGUCGGUGGACGAGUCCAGCCUGACGGGAGAAACCACCCCGUCCUCCAAGUCCACCGUCCCCCAGACCUCCAGCGGAGACCUGGCCUCCCGCAGCAACAUCGCCUUCAUGGGGACGCUGGUGCGCUGCGGCAAAGCUAAGGGCAUCGUCAUCGGGACCGGAGAGAACUCUGAGUUUGGGGAGGUUUUCAAAAUGAUGCAAGCUGAAGAGGCUCCGAAGACGCCGCUGCAGAAGAGCAUGGACCUGCUAGGGAAGCAGCUGUCGCUCUACUCCUUCUGCAUCAUCGGCGUCAUCAUGCUGGUGGGCUGGCUGCAGGGGAAGAGGAUCAUGGACAUGUUCACCAUCGGCGUCAGUCUGGCGGUAGCCGCCAUCCCCGAGGGUUUACCCAUCGUGGUGACGGUGACGCUGGCGCUGGGCGUGAUGCGAAUGGUGAAGAAGAGAGCCAUCGUCAAGAAGCUGCCCAUCGUAGAGACGCUGGGCUGCUGCAACGUGAUUUGUUCAGACAAGACGGGAACUCUGACCAAGAACGAGAUGACGGUGACGCAGCUCUUCACGUCCGACGGCCUCCACGCCGAGGUGACGGGCGUCGGCUACAACGGAGCCGGAGAGGUUCUGCUGGACGGGGAGAUGAUCCACGGCUUCUCCUGCCCGUCGCUCAGCAAGAUCGUGGAGGUCGGCUGCAUCUGCAACGACUCGGUGAUCAGGAACUACACGCUGCUGGGACGACCCACGGAGGGAGCGCUGAUCGCCCUCGCCAUGAAGCUGGGCCUGGAGGGCCUGCAGCAGGAGUUCGUCCGUCUGGAGGAGUUUCCCUUCACCUCGGAGCAGAAGUGGAUGGCCGUCCGCUGCGUUCACCGCACCCAGCAGGACAAGGCCGGCGUCUACUACAUGAAAGGAGCCUACGAGCAGGUGAUCCGGUUCUGCAGCUGCUACAACAGCCGCGGCGCCGCGCUGCCGCUCAGCCAGCAGCAGAGGGAGCUGUUCCAGCAGCAGAUCAGCUACAUGGGCUCCGCCGGCCUCCGAGUGCUGGCCUUCGCAUCAGGGCCCCAGAUGGGGGCCCUCACCUUCCUGGGUCUGGUUGGAAUCAUCGACCCCCCCAGGACGGGGGUGAAAGAGGCCGUGGGGACGCUCAUCAGCUCCGGGGUCGCCAUCAAGAUGAUCACCGGGGACUCCCAGGAGACGGCCGUGUCUAUAGCCAGCCGUCUGGGUCUCUACUCUAACGGAGGCCAGUGUUUGUCUGGAGACGAGGUGGAUCAGCUGGACCUGCAGCAGCUGUCACACGUGGUUCCCCGGAUCUCGGUGUUCUACCGGGCCAGUCCCCGACACAAGCUGAAGAUCGUCAAGUCCCUCCAGAACCGCGGUGCCGUGGUGGCCAUGACGGGGGACGGGGUGAACGACGCCGUGGCGCUGAAAGCCGCCGACAUCGGCGUGGCGAUGGGCCGGACCGACGACGUCUGCAAGGAGGCGGCGGACAUGAUUCUGGUGGACGACGACUUCCAGACCAUCAUGUCGGCCAUCGAGGAGGGAAAAGGAAUCUACAACAACAUCAAGAACUUCGUCCGUUUCCAGCUGAGCACGAGCAUCGCGGCGCUGACGCUCAUCUCCCUGGCGACGCUGAUGAACUUCCCCAACCCGCUGAACGCAAUGCAGAUCCUGUGGAUCAACAUCAUCAUGGACGGCCCGCCGGCCCAGAGCUUGGGGGUGGAGCCUGUGGACCGUGAUGUCAUCAGGAAGCCGCCGCGCAACGUGAAGGACAGCAUCAUCACCCGCAGCCUGCUGGCCAAGGUGCUGGUGUCGGCCAUGAUCAUCGUCUGUGGGACGCUGUUCGUCUUCUGGAGGGAGCUGAGGGACAACGUGAUCACGCCGCGGGACACGACCAUGACCUUCACCUGCUUCGUCUUCUUCGACAUGUUCAACGCCCUGAGCUCCCGCUCCCAGACCCGGAUGGUCCAUGAGAUGGGUCUGUGCUCCAACAGAACCUUCUGCUACGCCGUCCUGGCCUCCAUCAUGGGACAGCUGCUGGUCAUCUACUUCCCCCCCCUGCAGAAGGUGUUCCAGACGGAGUCGCUGAGCAUUCUGGACCUGCUGUUCCUCGUCUCCCUCACGUCCUCCGUCUGCGUCGUCUCUGAGAUCAUCAAGAAGGUGGAGAGGUGGAGGGGGGCGGAGCCCCGGCCUCAGGGGGCGGAGCCUCAGGGGGACCGCUUCCUGGACGUAUGACCUACGACCCCGCCCCCUGGAAUAUGACCCCGGCCCCGCCCACCCCCACCCGUCGUCGUGGCGACGGAGACGGCGAGGGCGACGUCCUCAGGUCCCACACCGGUGACUCGUCUGCGCUGCAAAGACUCGUGGGGUUUUUAAUGUGACUUUUCCUCAGACGGGGGUUUACGUCAGCUAAUGACGAACGCCCUCCCGCCGUUUUGAAGCUCCGCCCCCUCCCGCCGUUUUGAGGCUCCGCCCCCUCCCGUCGUUUUGAGGCUCCGCCCCCUCCCCCCCCCCAAACAUGGAACCGGUUCCCUCGGCGGCGCCGGCGGGUCUUCAGGGUCCAAACGCUUCCUCAUCCGGUGCCUUACAGAAGUCAUCCAUGGUUUGGUUCCAGCCCCCGCCGAGCCGCCGCAUCACUUCCUGUCGGCCCCACCGAGCUGCCGCAUCAC